AUGCGUUCCUUGGUACUCUCAGCUCUUGUCGGUUCUGUGCCUAUUGCUGCCAAUUACAUCCCUCGACCAGCAUCGAAGGUGCAGAGACAGGCAACAGAUGUAUUCGAAGGCUAUGCCUUUGCGUACUUCACGGGCGAUACCACCGCAGGGGAGAACAUCUACUUCGCGGCAAGCAACGGCAACGAUGCGCUCGAUUGGAUUGAACUCAACGGAGGGAAGCCUGUGCUGACCUCUUCAAUGGGUACCGGCGGUCUUCGGGAUCCCUUUAUUAUGCGCUCGGUGGAGGGAGACACCUUCUACAUCCUGGCGACAGACCUAUCUAUCGGCUCCGGAACAUCUUGGGAUGAUGCUGUCCGCACCGGAAGUCGAUAUCUAGAAAUAUGGGAAUCGAGCGACUUGGUAACCUGGUCCGAUCAACGACACGUGCUGGUCUCACCUGAGACUGCUGGGAUGACCUGGGCUCCAGAAGCAUACUACGACGAUGAACUUGGCACGUACGUUGUCUACUGGGCGUCCGCCCUCUAUGAUGAGUCGGACACGAAUCACACGGGCGAUACCUAUGACAAAAUGUUGUACGCAACAACCGACGACUUUACGACUUUCAGCGAGCCCCAGACGUGGCAGGAUGCCGGAUCAGCACGCAUAGACUCAACCGUGCUCGAGGUCGACGGUGUCUACUACCGCUUCACCAAAGACGAGGGCGCGAGCACCGGCUGUACGGAUAUCAUCGAAGAGAGCUCCACCUACUUGACGGCUACCUUGGAUUCAUGGACUCAGAUCGCAACAUGCAUUGGGGCAAACGCUGGGACUGGGGCCGUGGAAGGCCCAAGCAUCUUCAAGUCGAAUCCUGACGAUGUCAAUGGAGACAAGUAUUACCUCUUCGUCGACGAGUACACGGACCGGGGUUACAUUCCACUGGAGUCCACCAGCAUUAGCAGCCCCGACUGGCAGAUUUCAAGCUCCUAUACUCUACCCACCAGUCCCCGUCAUGGCACCGUCAUGCCCAUCAUGGCUGCCGAAUUAUUGGCCUUUACGGCUGCCUGGACAGCUUCUGGUUCUGCAGCCAAGCGCUCGACUCAGAAGGACAAGCGCGACAGUCCGGUGUUGGCAGGCUACUAUGCCGACCCGAACAUUGCCGUCUUUGGCGACACGUUCUACAUCUAUCCUACGACAGAUGGUAUACCUGACUGGGGUGGAAAUGUGUUCUACACGUGGAAGUCGACUGAUCUACAGACUUGGACGCGAUCGGAUGAACCCUUUCUGACUCUCAACGAAACUGCCGGCAAUGUGCCGUGGGCAACGGGGAACGCGUGGGCCCCAACAAUCAUCGAUAGAUAUGGGAGCUACUACUUCUACUUCAGCGGCCAAAACCCGACCUAUGAUUGGAAGACGAUUGGCGUAGCCGUCGCUGAUUCUCCCGAGGGACCCUUCACAGCCCAAGAUGAAGCGAUGAUCCUCAAUAAUGAGGCCUUAACGACUAAUCAAGCCAUCGAUCCCGCUACCUUCCUAGACCCUGCGACCGGGAAGUAUUAUCUAUGUUGGGGAAACGGCGUUGCUCUAAUGGCAGAGCUAGGUGAUGACAUGAUCUCGAUCAAAGAAGACACUUUGAUCGCGCCAGAAGGCCUGACCGACUUCCGAGAGGGUUCCUUCAUGAACUACCGUGACGGACUGUAUCACAUGACAUACUCGAUCGAUGACACGCGAUCCGAAGACUACCGCGUGGGCUAUGCGACGGCCUCGAGUGCCACCGGGCCGUUCACAUACCAGGGUGUCAUUCUGCAGAAGGACGAGUCGCAGGGCAUCUUGGCGACGGGACACAAUUCGAUCAUUAACCUUCCCGGUACUGAUGACUGGUACAUCGCUUAUCAUCGCUUUGCUAUUCCGAAUGGCAACGGGACGAUGCGGGAGGUCACCAUUGAUGUUUUGAACUUUGAUGCGGACACGGGUCUCAUUCAGGAGGUUAUUCCAACGUUGGAGAGCGUGGCACCAGUGUCACUAUAG